GAGAGGAGAGGAAAAGAGAAAAAAAAAAGAUAGAAACAAACUUUGUCCAUAGAAGGAUGAAAAGGGGUUGGAAGAAGGGGUAAGCUGAACAUGUGGGAGAGAAAGACCUCCCUCCCAAAUCUGGAGACAUCAGAUAGACUGAGCCAUUCAUUUGAGUCUAAGCCUCUGUCUAAAGGAUCAAGAAGGAGAGAGCAAAGCAUAAGAGAGAAAAAGUAACUGAGAGGAGAGACUAAAGCCUCAAACAUUGUGAGUCCACGAGAGGAAGAAGCUGUUCAUAAAUCACUGCAGAGGCUGAAGGGAGACAAGCUGAGAAGAUAAGAAAAGACAAAACCUCUUUACCGAGAAAGGAAGAAGGAGAAAAGGGAUAAAAUUACAAUCACUCGCACAAGAUAUUUCAGAAGUGUCUGUAUGAAGAGGCCAAUUCACUCGGCAAAAUAAACUUCAUAAACUAAAAAUAAACGAAAGGCUCAGCAAAGAACAUAUUACAAAGCAUUGCUGGAUAAUUGCUGGAUAAUUACUGGAAACCGUUGCUUCUAACAGACUAGACUACGAUACUGACACAUUGACAAACAAACCUGAGAGCAGGAUCCCAGGAGAAAGAAAAUGAUCCCCUUUCAGUUCAUCCUUCUAUUUCUUGUUGUCAUUCCAUUGUCAUCCUUUGGUGAGAUUGGGGAGCAUGAUGCGCUUUGUGGUCCAGGUGACUCUUGCUACGCACUGUUUUACCAACGGACUGGUUUUCUGAGCUCCUGGAAAGCCUGUAAAGAGCGUGGAGGAAAUUUAGCCACUGUGAAAAGUGACCAAGAAGCGGCUUUAGUUGAGCAACUUCUCACCUCUUCGUCAAAAUCACGUGGUGAUGUGGAUCAGCUCCAGCUAAGGUUUUGGAUUGGGCUACAGCGUCAACCUAGGCAGUGUGCACCACAAAAGCCCUUACGUGGCUUCACCUGGACUACUGGAGACCAAGACACUGCUUUUACAAAUUGGGCCCUUCAGCUUGUAUCUUUGGGGCCCCCUGGCUCCUGUUCAGCCCCCCGCUGUGUGGCUAUAGGUCUGGGUUAUGAAAAGCCAGAGGAUGAUUUCAAAUGGCUGGAAGGUACCUGUACUUUGCCUGUUGAUGGGUUUGUGUGCAAAUUCCGCUACCAAGGAAUGUGCCCAGCGCUGUCUGAAGGUUCUGUCCGCUACUCUGUGCCCUUUGGCUAUCAUGGUACUUGGCUUGACCGUCUUCCUUUUGGCUCAGUGGCAGCUGUGUCAUGUGACGGGCAAAAACAAGAUGUUUCUGUACUCUGCAUGUUGAAGGAAGAUGGUACUGUGGGAUGGAACGUAAAUGAGCCACUUUGUCACACUACUCCCAACCAAUGUAGUCAAUGCCAACAGCUUUGUGGGGAGGGAGGUGUUUGUGCUUGCCAUGAAGGGUACAGUCUACAGCUGGAUGGAUAUUCCUGUGAGUCGGAUGAUGACAUGAACUUUGAGGAUCAUGACACAGUACAUGGAUGUCCGUGUCAAUACCGUUGUUUAGACCUUGAAAAGGGCAAAGGAUACCAAUGCAUAUGCCCAGAGGGCUACAUGCUGGCUGCUGAUGGGCAUCACUGUGAAGAUAUUGAUGAAUGUGAAGAAGGUGACGAAGGACCAUGUGAGCAUUCUUGUCAGAAUAGCCCAGGUUCAUAUGUCUGCUCUUGUGACCUUGGAUUUUCCGUCCUAGAAGAUGAGCCUAGUCGUUGUGUGGAUGUAGAUGAAUGCCAGAUUGCCAGGGUAUGCAAACAGAUGUGUGUUAACUAUGUGGGUGGCUUUGAAUGUUUCUGUAGUGAGGGCUAUGAGCUGGAUGCAGAUGGGGUGACUUGUAAGCCUAUUGGGCACACAGAUACUAGAUAUGAACCUGGUGCACCUUUCAGCACAUCUAAGGAGACGAGUGAGGAAGAGGAGGAUGAAUGGUAUGAAGGAGAGGUUGAAGGGGAAGGAUUUUUGACACAGUGGGGUAUAUCAGAGACAGCCACCGGAGGAAGCAAACAUAGAUGGGAGUCCAGAGAUAAUGCAGAUAGUAAAUAUGGGUUGACAGGACAAGUAGAUAGUUGGGAUGCCACAGUUCAGCCUGAAGUUAUCAUAGACACUACCAUGACUCCGCUAGAUGAAUGGGAAGAGGUGACAUACCCUGUGGUACCAACAACACAAAAGCAGCCUGGAAUAGAGAGAGAUCCCAUUGUCUUUAUCACAGCUUUGCCAGCACAGAACACAUUAGUUGCAGACAAAUAUGAUAGUGAAAAGACAACAGAUUCCCCUACCACAUCAAUGAGCUCAUCUACAGCUUCUUCUGAUCUGGCAGACCAGCUUACAACCGUCAAAUUCUCAACAGACAAAGUCAGUCUUAUUGAAGUCAUAGAAGCAGUCACUCCUGCUAACCCUAUUAAAGAAAAUACAGAACGUUCCACAUGGGAAAGUACCACGGGCCCAUCAUCAUUAGACGAAAACAAAAAUAUAAACCAUCCACCAAGCACAUUGGGGCCGAAUGUAGCAAUAGACAAUAGUUUGGCUCCACCAAGACACCAGCUCAAUAACUCUGCGGUGGAAUCUCCAGUACUUCCCUCAUUUUCCCCUCUGCCACCUCAGGAAUCUAAGGGUAAGAGGGAAAACCGGUGGUUGAUUGUGGCACUGCUGGUCCCCCUUUGUGUUUUCCUGGUGAUUAUGUUGGCACUUGCCAUUGUUUACUGCACCCGAUGUGGAGGACAAACAAAACCCUGUAGUGUCACUGACUGUUAUCACUGGGUGACUGGAGGAGGACCUCAGAAAGCCCUCGCCCCCACAGCUGGAGAAACACAAUGUCCACAAGCAGCUGUUUGAAAGGAGACCAAUAUUACAUUAUAAAUAAGAAUAGUUAGAGGAAUGUGUAAUAUUUUCCCUCAUCUGCUGUCUAAACCAGAGUUUUGGGUAAACCUGGGAGCGCUGUAUCUAGGUUUUAUGUAUGAAGUAGUGUGUCAGCUCCAUUUUAUACCGCUCUUCAUUUUGCCUCCUGUUCUUUCCCCUAUGUAACUCCAUCGAGUUCAAAAUUACUCCUUAUUCCAGUGUUACCUAUAGUAAAUAUCCAUUUCAUUCUACAGGGGCUAUAAGGCACUUAAAGGGAUACUGUCAUGGGAAAAAAAAAAUUUUCAAAAUGAAUCAGUUAAUAGCG